AUACGAAUACGUUUCUCCAAAAACAUAACACCAACGUGGGUGGAUGUAACCGAGAGAGUUUCCAAUUGUAGUUUCUUUUCUUGAGAGGAAAAAGAGUGUGUCUUGUGAUAUCAUAGCAUAGUAUUCAACCAUUUUCUCUUACUCUUAUUCAUUCUCAUUAACCCAAAUUUCAUUCCUUUCAUGUUUUUUUCUUUCAAUAGUUCCCUUUAAGUCAGAAAUUGCAUUCAUUGAAUUCAGUUUAUCAUUAUCUUCUCUCUCUAACAAUCUCUUGAGAGAGAGAUUAGGAAUUGCAUGAUUGAUCCCUCACCCACUUUAUUUGACUUUAGAAUCAAUUAAGUUUUUAUUCCAUAAUUUUUCCCCUUUCUUUCCUUUCAAUUUCUCUUUUUUAUUUUUUUUCAAAUUUUUCUCCUCUACUCAAUUUAAGACUUGUUCUUGAUUAUUAGGAACAAAUAAAUAUUUUGAGAUUUACUUCUACAUAUUCUUUCUUUUGUCGUUUUUGGGCCAUUUCCAUCAUUGAUUUGCAACCCAAAUAAAUUAUUGAACUAUGACUCUAUCUCAUUGAGUUUGUGUACAAUUUUUAUUUAACAUUUUGUUUUUGUGUGGCCUAGAUUUUUAGUGAUUCUUUUUUAUUUUUGUGGGGUGUUUUUUAUUCUACAAAUCCAAAUCCUCAAAGCUGGUUUUUUAAUUGUGUGAUUCACUUUGUAUUCACUUUGUGUAUUGAAUUGAUCAAUUCAAAUUUGUGUUUGUGUGAUUAUGGGUUGUGUGAGUUCCAAACAAAAAGAAUGUAUGCAUUGCAAUGGCAACAACUCUUAUUGUCCUGUUUCUAGAAGCUACACAAUGCAUGUACAUCAUCCACCUCAAACAAAAGGUGAUAGUUACCAUGUUGUUGCAUUAACAUCAACUACACUAGGUUCUUUGGAAAUUGUAUCUCAUAAUAAUCAUGCCAAUGACUUCAUGUUUUCAAAUGUUAAGGUUAGUGAGAAAAAAGAUAUUGAGGAAAACACUUGGUCUAAUAUGAUUGAUGAGAAGUUACCAAAAGCUAUUGUCAAAGAGAGUUCAAUCACAACACCACCUUGUGAGCUUGAGAAUGAUACUAUCAUCAAUACAUGGGAGUUAAUGGAAGGACUUGAAGAUGUAAGCCCUUUUCAAUCACCAAAUAAUUUCAAAAGCUUUUCUUUUGAUGCCAAUGUUAAUGAGCAUGUUGAUCCAACAUUAAAGACUAGUUUUUUCAUGGUGAGUGAUGAUGGCAUUGAUUCACACAAGCCCAGGUUGGAUUUGAUGUUUGAGGAGGGUAAAGUUUCAGACUUUGAUGAUUCUAAAGUGGUUUCUUCAUUCAAGAUCAAGAAGUCAUUGGAAGAUAAGCAAGAGGGGAAUGAUAGAAAAAGAUUCUCCUUUGAGGAAAAGAAAAUUAGUGAUGUUGUGGAUUUUAAGAUUGACCCAUAUGGGAAAAAGGAAAAAGUUGUGUUGUAUUUCACUAGCCUACGUGGUGUGAGAAAAACUUAUGAGGAUUGUUGCAAUGUUAGGAUGAUUUUGAAAGGAUUAGGAAUUAUGGUUGAUGAGAGGGAUGUGUCAAUGCAUUUGAGGUUCAAGGAAGAGUUGAAAGAGUUACUUGGGGAAGGGUAUGGUAAAGGAGGAUUGCCAAAGGUUUUUGUUGGAAAAAAAUUCAUUGGUGGAGUUGAGGAAAUUAUGAAACUUCAUGAAGAUGGUAAGCUUGAGAAAUUGCUUGAUUGGUGUGAGAGGAUUGAUGAUAUUGAAGGUGGUGAUGGUGAAUGUGAUGUUUGUGGUGAUAUAAAGUUUGUGCCUUGUGAAACAUGUUAUGGAAGUUGUAAAAUCUAUUAUGAUGAUGAUGAUGAUGAGGUUGGUGAGUGUGGAUUUCAAAGGUGUCCUAAUUGCAAUGAAAAUGGGCUAAUAAGGUGCCCUAUGUGUUGUUUCUAGAUCACUCUUUCAUGGUGACAUUUAACAUAGAUACUUACAACCAAUGUUUUUUUAUGUUGUGACAUUUAAUUAGAUCAAACCAAUGUUUGAGUUGUGUCUUCUAUGUAUUUUGCUUACAAUUAGUUAUUGUUGUAUAGUUAAGUUUUGGUGUGGUUGAUCAUAUGAAAGAAGAGGAGGGCUAUAGAAGGAUGAACAAUUGUGUCUAAUAUGUUCCUUUGCAUAAUGAGUACACAUAGUGUACACUUUUUUUAUUUC